AUGACUGACAGAGAAACAGUUUGUUCUUCAGGUGUGAGAGGUACUGGAGUGAAGUCAGUGUCAGUGCUGGUGGGAGAUUCUGUCACUCUAAACACUGAUGUUCCUGAUACACAAAUAUGUGAUGUGAUACAGUGGAGGUUUGAUCAUCAGAACUCUCCUGUAGCUGAAAUCAACAGAAUAGCUGGAAUCUUCAACACAUCUGAUGGUGCUGAUGGGAGAUUCAGACACAGACUACAGCUGGACUAUCGGACUGGAUCUCUGACCAUCAGGAACAUUGGAAACAGACACUCUGGACUUUAUGAAGCUGGCAUUCCCAGUACUGGCAUCAAACACACCAUACACAAGUCAUUCAAUGUGACUGUCAGCGAUGCAGAGAAGUCAGAGAUAGUGACGGAGGGAGAAACCGUUACAUUACAGACUAAUGUUUCUGAAAUACAGAAAGAUGAUCAGAUACUGUGGAUCUUUGGAGAGAUUGUCAUAGCUGAAAUCUAUAAAGCAGCCCAAUUCUACAUAUAUGAUGACUCUGGACUUUAUGAACUGAAAAUCAGCAGCAGCAGACACGUCAUACUCAGAAGAAUCACUGUUACUGUCACUGGUGAGUAG